CUUGGCGGCGCCGGGCGGAAACCUCCGGCCCCGGUUCCUGCCCCAGCGGCGGGGCCAGGGAGGACGCCGAGGGGCCGGGGCUGGGCCGCCCCUUCCCAUGCGGCCGAACCCCGGCCCCCAGCCUCUCCUGGCAGAUGGCUGAGAGCUAGCAAGGAAAAUUCAGGACCAUGAUGGCUCAGUUUCCCACAACUAUGAAUGAGCAAAAAAGAUCAGUGCGUCAUAUUUUUACCACUCGUGACUCUAAUUCUGGUGUCUUCUGCACCAGCAGAAUCAUCCUUGCCAGAGUCUUCUUUAAUCAUGGAGGGCCAAACAUGUGGGCUAUUACCUCUGAAGAACGGACUAAGCAUGACAAGCAGUUUGAUAACCUCAAACCCUCAGGAGGUUACAUAACAGGUGAUCAAGCACGUACCUUUUUCUUACAGUCAGGCCUGCCGGCUCCUGUUUUAGCUGAAAUAUGGGCUUUAUCAGACCUGAACAAGGAUGGGAAGAUGGAUCAGCAAGAAUUCUCCAUAGCGAUGAAGCUCAUCAAACUGAAGCUACAAGGCCAGCAGCUGCCCGUGGUCCUCCCUCCUAUUAUGAAACAACCUCCUAUGUUCUCUCCAUUAAUUUCUGCUCGUUUUGGAAUGGGAAGCAUGCCCAAUCUGUCCAUUCCUCACUCAUUGCCUCCAGUUGCACCUAUGGCAACCCCCUUACCCUCUGCGACUUCAGGGACCACCCUUCCUCCCUUAAUGAUGCCUGCUCCCCUAGUGCCUUCUGUUAGCACAUCGUCACUACCAAAUGGAACCGCUGGCCUCAUUCAGCCGUUAUCCAUUCCUUAUUCUUCUUCAACAUUGCCUCAUACGUCAUCUUACAGUCUCAUGAUGGGAGGACUCGGCGGUGCUAGUUUACAGAAAGCCCAGUCUCUGAUUGAUUUAGGAUCUAGUAGCUCAACUUCCUCAACUGCUUCACUCUCUGGAAACUCGCCCAAGACUGGGACCUUAGAGUGGGCGGUUCCUCAGCCUUCAAGGUUAAAAUAUCGGCAAAAAUUUAAUAGUCUUGACAAAAGCAUGAGUGGAUAUCUCUCAGGUUUUCAAGCUAGAAAUGCCCUUCUUCAGUCAAAUCUUUCUCAAACUCAGCUAGCUACUAUUUGGACCCUUGCUGACAUUGAUGGCGACGGACAGCUGAAAGCUGAAGAGUUCAUCCUUGCGAUGCAUCUCACUGACAUGGCCAAAGCUGGACAGCCCUUGCCACUGACGUUGCCUCCUGAACUUGUCCCUCCAUCUUUCAGAGGAGGAAAGCAAAUUGAUUCCAUUAAUGGAACUCUGCCUUCCUAUCAGAAAAUUCAAGAAGAGGAACCUCAGAAAAAAUUACCAGUUACUUUCGAAGACAAGCGGAAGGCCAACUACGAGCGAGGGAACGUGGAACUGGAGAAGCGGCGCCAAGCCCUGAUGGAGCAGCAGCAGAGGGAGGCAGAGCGAAAAGCCCAGAAAGAAAAGGAAGAGUGGGAGCGAAAACAGAGAGAAUUACAGGAACAAGAAUGGAAGAAACAACUUGAAUUAGAAAAACGCUUGGAGAAGCAGAGGGAAUUGGAGAGACAGCGGGAGGAAGAAAGGAGAAAAGAGAUAGAAAGACGAGAGGCAGCAAAACAGGAACUUGAAAGACAACGUCGUUUAGAAUGGGAGAGGAUUCGUCGCCAGGAGCUUCUCAAUCAAAGGAAUAGAGAACAGGAAGAAAUUGUCAGGUUAAACUCUAAAAAGAAGAGUCUUCAUCUCGAGUUGGAAGCACUGAAUGGCAAACACCAGCAGAUCUCAGGCAGACUUCAAGAUGUCCGACUCCGAAAACAAACUCAAAAGACUGAGCUGGAAGUUCUAGAUAAACAGUGUGACCUGGAAAUUAUGGAAAUCAAGCAACUCCAACAAGAACUUCAGGAUUAUCAAAAUAAACUUAUCUAUUUGGUACCGGAGAAGCAAUUAUUAAAUGAAAGAAUUAAGAACAUGCAGCUUGGUAACACACCUGAUUUAGGGAUUGGUUUGCUUCAUAAAAAAUCAUUGGAAAAGGAAGAAUUAUGCCAAAGACUUAAAGAACAAUUAGAUGCUCUUGAAAAAGAAACUGCAUCUAAGCUAUCUGAAAUGGAUUCAUUUAACAAUCAAUUAAAGUGUGGGAAUAUGGAUGACUCUGUUCUGCAGUGCCUUUUGUCUCUGCUAAGCUGUCUCAACAACCUCUUCCUCUUACUUAAGGAACUGAGAGAAAGCUACAAUACACAGCAGUUAGCCCUUGAACAACUUUAUAAGAUCAAACGUGACAAGUUGAAGGAAAUUGAAAGAAAAAGGUCAGAGCUAAUACAGAAGAAGAAACUAGAAGAUGAGGCUGUAAGGAAAGCAAAGCAAGGAAAAGAAAACUUAUGGAGAGAAAACCUUAGAAAAGAGGAAGAAGAAAAACAAAAGCGACUCCAGGAAGAAAAAACACAAGAAAAAGUUCAAGAAGAGGAACGGAAGGCUGAGGAGAAACCAUGUAAGGGUGAGCCAGCUACUGCUAUGGUGAAUUAUAGAGCAUUGUACCGCUUUGAAGCCAGGAGCCAUGAUGAGAUGAGUUUUAAUUCCGGGGAUAUAAUACAGGUUGAUGAAAAAACCGUAGGAGAACCUGGUUGGCUUUAUGGUAGUUUUCAAGGAAAUUUUGGCUGGUUUCCUUGCAACUAUGUAGAAAAAAUGCCAUCAGGUGAAAAAUCUGUGUCUCCUAAGAAGGCCUUACUUCCCCCUACAGUAUCAGUAUCUGCUACCUCAACUUCUUCUGAAUCACUUUCUUCAAAUCAACCAGCAUCAGUGACUGAUUAUCAAAAUGUAUCUUUUACAAACCUAACUGUUAAUACAUCAUGGCAGAAAAAAUCAGCUUUUACUCGUACUGUUUCCCCUGGAUCUGUAUCACCGAUUCAUGGCCAGGGACAGGUUGUAGAAAACCUAAAGGCGCAGGCCCUGUGUUCUUGGACUGCAAAGAAGGAUAACCACUUGAACUUUUCAAAACAUGAUAUUAUCACUGUGUUGGAACAGCAAGAAAAUUGGUGGUUUGGAGAGGUGCAUGGAGGAAGAGGGUGGUUUCCAAAAUCUUAUGUCAAAAUACUCCCUGGGAGUGAAGUCAAGCGGGAAGAACCAGAAGCUUUGUAUGCAGCUGUAAACAAGAAACCUACCUCUGCAGCCUACACAGGUGGAGAGGAAUAUAUUGCACUUUAUCCAUAUUCAAGUGUAGAACCUGGAGAUUUGACUUUCACUGAAGGUGAAGAAAUAUUGGUGACCCAGAAAGAUGGAGAAUGGUGGACAGGAAGUAUUGGAGAUAGAACUGGAAUUUUUCCAUCAAAUUAUGUCAAACCAAAAGAUCAAGAGAGUUUUGGGAGUGCUAGCAAAUCUGGAACAUCAAACAAGAAACCUGAGAUUGCUCAAGUAACUUCAGCAUAUGUGGCUUCUGGUUCUGAACAACUUAGCCUUGCACCCGGGCAGUUAAUACUAAUCCUAAAGAAAAAUUCAAGUGGGUGGUGGCAAGGGGAAUUACAGGCCAGAGGAAAAAAGCGACAGAAAGGAUGGUUUCCUGCCAGCCAUGUUAAACUUUUGGGUCCAAGUAGUGAAAGAACUACACCUGCCUUUCAUCCUGUAUGUCAGGUGAUUGCUAUGUAUGACUAUGUAGCAAAUAACGAGGAUGAGCUGAAUUUCUCCAAGGGACAACUUAUCAAUGUUUUGAACAAAGAUGAUCCUGACUGGUGGCAAGGAGAAAUCAACGGGGUGACUGGUCUCUUUCCUUCAAACUAUGUUAAGAUGACAACAGACUCCGAUCCAAGUCAACAGUGGUGUGCUGAUCUCCAAAGCCUGGACACCAUGCAGCCAGUUGAGAGGAAGAGGCAGGGCUAUAUUCACGAGCUGAUUCAGACCGAAGAGCGGUACGUGGACGACCUUCAGCUCGUCGUGGAGGUUUUUCAGAAACGGAUGGUGGAGUCGGGCUUUCUCAGUGAAGGAGAAAUGGCCUUGAUUUUUGUAAACUGGAAAGAACUCAUCAUGUCUAACACAAAGCUACUCAAGGCCUUGCGGGUACGGAAGAAGACUGGGGGAGAGAAGAUGCCCGUGCAGAUGAUUGGGGACAUCCUGGCAGCCGAGCUGUCCCACAUGCAGGCUUAUAUCCGGUUCUGUAGCUGUCAGCUUAAUGGAGCAGCUCUGUUACAGCAGAAGACCGAUGAAGACACGGAUUUCAAGGAAUUUUUAAAGAAGCUGGCAUCUGACCCUCGAUGUAAAGGAAUGCCCCUUUCCAGCUUCCUGCUGAAGCCCAUGCAGAGAAUCACCCGCUACCCUCUGCUCAUCAGAAGUAUUCUGGAGAACACCCUGGAGAGUCAUGUGGACCAUUCCUCCCUAAAGCUGGCUCUUGAGCGGGCAGAGGAGCUUUGUUCCCAAGUUAAUGAAGGAGUUCGGGAAAAAGAAAAUUCAGACCGACUCGAGUGGAUCCAGGCACACGUUCAGUGUGAAGGUCUUGCAGAGCAACUUAUUUUCAACUCCCUCACCAACUGCCUGGGGCCCCGGAAGCUUCUGCACAGUGGGAAACUAUACAAGACCAAGAGCAACAAGGAACUACACGGAUUCCUCUUCAAUGACUUUCUGCUUCUUACCUACAUGGUCAAGCAGUUUGCUGUUUCCUCAGGUUCUGAGAAGCUUUUCAGCUCUAAGUCCAAUGCCCAAUUCAAAAUGUAUAAAACGCCCAUUUUCCUGAAUGAAGUCCUGGUGAAACUGCCCACAGACCCUUCCAGCGAUGAGCCUGUCUUCCACAUUUCUCACAUUGACCGGGUCUACACCCUCCGAACAGACAACAUUAACGAGAGGACUGCUUGGGUCCAGAAGAUCAAGGCGGCAUCUGAGCAGUACAUUGACACGGAAAAGAAGAAACGGGAGAAGGCUUAUCAAGCUCGCUCUCAAAAGACUUCAGGCAUUGGGCGUCUGAUGGUGCACGUCAUCGAAGCUACAGAAUUAAAAGCCUGUAAACCGAAUGGAAAGAGCAAUCCAUACUGUGAAAUCAGCAUGGGCUCCCAGAGCUAUACCACCAGAACCCUCCAGGACACACUCAAUCCCAAGUGGAACUUUAACUGCCAGUUCUUUAUUAAGGACCUUUACCAAGAUGUGCUGUGUCUCACCAUGUUUGACAGAGACCAGUUUUCACCAGAUGAUUUCCUGGGUCGCACUGAAGUUCCAGUGGCAAAAAUUCGCACAGAACAGGAAAGCAAAGGCCCCACAACCCGCCGACUCCUGCUGCACGAGGUCCCCACCGGGGAGGUCUGGGUCCGCUUUGACCUGCAGCUUUUUGAGCAAAAAACUCUCCUGUAGGGGCCUCAGGGAUCUUCCCAAAAGGCUGGGGCUAGAGACGGAUGGUGCUGCCCCUAGGCUAAAGGAGCAUCACAAGGCUUCCUCCAUCGCAGGCCACGCGUGCCAGGUCCGGCCCUCUAUUUUAUUGCACACUAAAUAGCUAGCAAUCUAUGCAAACAUGAUCUUUCCUAGAAAUAAACCAAACCCACAGCACAGUGCCUUGUAUUAGUGUUAACAUGUUUGGCUGUGUUUAGAUGCCAAGGUUUCCAUUUUCAGGGCUAUAAAAAGUAUUAUGUGGAAAUGAGGCAUCGGAACAGCAGACGUUACCACUUGGUUGAAUGUGUCCAGUGUGGGUGGUUUUGGUGAUGCUGUAACCAUUCCACGCCAUGUGACCUCUGCGGGGUCACAGCCACUCAGGAGGCGAAGGAUCGGGAAGAAACGCUGCAGCCUCAGCGCGGGAACAGCCUGAUACCGAAGUAGGUCUACUCGUGCACUGAAUGAAAACAGAAACUUGAUCAUUUUAUUCCUGACUAGAUUUUAUCAUCUCUGCUCAGACAAUAUAGUUUGAAAUCUAAAGGGGAAAGCUUGAUUUACUUUAAAUACUGUGAACUCUAAUGAUGUGGAAAAUAUUUUUCAACUUUAAUUUUCUGAAGUAUAAAUUAUUUAUGUAAAUUCCUUGUUUUUGCAUAUUUCAUAGGACAUGCAUCUUUAAGCUUUAUCAUUGCCAAUAUGUACAGAAAGAGAAUAAAAAUAUAAGUUUAUGAAUGUAA